UCCGGGCGUGGCUUCUUCUGGUGCACAAGUGGAAGAGGAGGGCGACCGCGCCGAGUUAAAGGCCGCUCGAUAAGCUAUAUCAGCAUCAUCAUGCCAAGUCCUAGGAACAGUCCAAAGAGCAUACAUGAGAGACGGGCUUAUGGCAGUAGACUAGAGUUCUUGUCAUUGACAAAUCAGAGAGGCCCAAUAUUCCCAGAAAAUAUGUCUCAUCAUAAAGACUCUCCUACUAGUACUGGCCCUCAACAGGCUUUACCCAAAGAGGACUCUAUGAAGCUCAAUCCUUCUUUCUGGGGUAUUGCCCUGCAUUCUCUUUUGGCUGUUGAUUUGUGGGCCUCUAAACUACUGGGUGUAUGCGCUGGAGAGAAUUCUCCAUGGGGCAGUGUCCGUCCUGUCAUGAUGGUCAUAGAGGUGUCAGGACAUGGAAUUCCUUGGCUAACUGGUACAUUGUACGGGCUUUACAGAAGUGGCAGCUCAGCAAGUCGUGAGGUGCUGCUCAAUCUACUCUUUGCUCUGAUUCUUGAUCUAGUUUUGGUGGCAGCAGUGAAAGGACUGGUGAAACGAAGACGUCCAGUCCACAACAAGAUGGAUAUGUUUGCCACUGUCUCUGUGGACAAAUAUUCCUUUCCUUCAGGCCAUGCUACCAGAGCCUCCAUGGUGUGCAGAUUUAUACUACAUCAUCUUGUACUUGCAAUCCCUCUGAAAGUGCUGGUUGUACUUUGGACCUUCAUUGUGGGAAUCUCUAGGGUCAUGCUUGGCAGACAUAAUGUAACAGAUGUGGUCUUUGGGCUAAGCAUGGGCUACAUGCAAUAUAAUUUGGUGGAAUAUUUCUGGUUGUCACCUGUAAAUGCUCCUGUCCUUUUUGCCUUGUGGAACUGAUGGUUCUUGAGGGAAGAGGAAUAUUUGUCUUAGUGUAAAUAUUUGUGAUACUUCAUCUGAUCAUCAAAUUAAAUGAGUAGAGCCAAGAUUUUCACAAUAUGUGUGAUCUAAUAUAAGUUUGCUCUGGAAGGCUUAAUUCACAAAAAUAAAGGCUUACCAGGCA